GUUGAAGAGCAUUUCAACUUUAGAUCAUGCCUGUCCCCCCUCCUCCAGCUCCUCCCCCUCCCCCAACGUUUUCGGUGGCUUGAUGGAAAACUACUAGCUGGUAAAAGGCAUUCCUAGCCACUGAGGUCAUCUGGGCCUCUAGCAACAAAGAUGGAUCCAGGAGCACCCCCAGACUGUGAACCUGCUCUUUCAGAGGGAGUACGACUCCAUCCGUAGCAGGCAACUGAACAAUUAUCCAAUCUUGGGAACCACCAACCCUCAGCAUCUCUGUCUUGCUAGGAUUCAGAUUCAGUUUAUUGGCCCUCAUCCAGCCCACCACCGAGUCCAGGCAGCGGUCCAGGUCUUGUACAGACUCUCCCAAUUCAGAUGUUACAGAGAAAUAGAGCUGGGUAUCAUCAGUGUACUGCUGACACCUCACCCCAAAUCUCCUGAUGACUGCUCCCAAGGGCUUCAUAUGUUAAACAGUCUGGGGGACAAGAUGGUACCCUGUGGCACACCACAGCACAACUGCCAGGGAGCUGAAAGACAAUCACCCAAUGCUAUUAUUUGAGAGCGACCCUGAAGAUAGGAUCGGAACCACUGUAAAACAGUGCCUCCAAUACCCAUCUCACCAAGUCAGCCCAGAAGGAUACUAUGGUGAAUUGUAUAAAAAAUCUCUGGCUGAGAGAUCAGGCAAAUACAGAGAAGCCUUCCUUAAACAGAUCAGAGCAGGCAGGACGAAAUGCUCUUCUGUCUGAUAUUUCCAAAGGAAAAAGACUUAAGAAAGCGGUGACCAAUGACAGGAGCGCUCCAGUUAUUGAUAAACCUAAAGGAUCAAGUGUUGGAGGUAGUGGCGGUGGCUUCACCAGCAGUAGCAGCGGUGGAGGUGGCGGCAGCGGAGGAGGUGGCGGCAGCAGUGGAAGUAGCUAUGGCGGAGGUGGACCACCUGGUUUAGGAGGUCUGUUCCAGGCAGGGAUGCCCAAACUUCGAUCUGCAAACAGAGAUAAUGAUUCUUCAGGAAGCAGGGCUCCAGUAUUUCCACCAGGAGGAAGAGCAACAUCUGCAAAGCCCUUUUCGCCAUCAAGUGGCAUAGGGAGGUUUCCAGGCCCUUCUUCUGGGCAAAGAACUGCUGCUCCAGAACUGCAGAGAAGCCGAAUGCCUCCACCAAGACCUGACACUGGUUCCAGGCCUGAUAUGGGUGCUCCUCCUGUGCCAAAUACUCCCAGACCUGUCCCAUCAACGCUGUACAACAGAGGACCCCCGCCUGUGCCGGGAGCAAGCAGACAAGCCAGCUUAGGGCUUACGCCUCCACCUUUCCCAGGAAAUAGAAAUCUAGGAUUUGGAGGAUCCUUUCGCCAGUUGUCACAAGGUAGUCCUUCUUCUCCUUUCUCAAACAGGCCUCCUCUUCCUCCUGCCCCCGGCAGGCCAACAGAAGAUAAGCCGCCACCGCCGCCACCACCCCCAACCGGAAACAGGCCACCUUUCAACAGGGAACCUUCCCUGCCACCUCCUCCACCCCAAAACAACAAGCCUCCAGUUCCCUCCACUCCUAGGCCAUCCUUUGGAUCUCAAGUUCCUCCUCCCCCACCUCCAAGUCGGCCAGGCCCGCCUCCGGUUCCACCAAUCUCCGGCGGAAAUGAUGAAAUGCCACGCCUUCCUCAAAGGAAUAUAUCCCUGGCAUCUCCUUCUCCACCAAGUUUGCCUGGCUCUGGUCGCUCUGUACCUCUUCCUCCCCCCGCAGGCGAGAGGCCACCACCUCCUGUAAGAGAUCCACCCAGCAGAUCAGGACCCCUUCCUCCACCACCACCAAUAAGCAGAAAUGGUAGCACUUCACGGGCAUUGCCAGCUACACCACAGCUUCCUUCCAGAGGGGGGUUUGAUAAACACAGAGGUGGACCUCUUCCACCUCCACUUCCUCCUGACCGGCCUGGUUCUGGAGCACCUCCACCUCCACCACCACCACCACCCUCAUCUACCAUGAGAAAUGGCUUCCAGGAUUCUUCAUGUGAUGAAGAGUGGGAAAGCAGAUUUUCCUUCCAUCCUUUAUCUGACUUGCCACCUCCAGAGCCAUACGUGCCCUUGAACAAAAGCUACCCCAGUAAACUGGCGAGGAAUGACAACAGAAGUGGAUCCAGUCGCAGAGAAAGAGGUGCUCCACCACUUCCACCUAUUCCAAGGUGAAGUGGGCUUCUGACCUCUUUGAGGAUGGCUGCUGUUCCAAAACAUCUCUUGAACCCAGCACAGUCUUUUCAGAAGGCUUCCUUUCAUCCAGCACUUUUGAACACAAAUCUUACCCUCAAUAUCAAUUUCAAAUCAAGCUGUCAGAAUCAGAUUUAGUCCUGCAGGUUUCCACGUUGGUUUUACAAAUCAUAGAUUUUAAACUGUAAUCUUAAUUCCCAUUUCUGGGAAUUAAAUUCCUUUGAAAUCAAUGAGACUUGAUUCCCGUGAGGUGCCUGGGGGGGGGGGAUACAUUCUGUUACCCUGAAAAUUGUCUUGGAAGACAUAUUGGAGACUGUAUGUAUCACAUUGGGAGUUCAGUCAUAGUUUUGGCACUAGCAUCAGAGAGAGCAAGACUCAUUGUCAGUUUGUGUUGUACUGCAGGGGCAGUAACAUUUUACAAAGUUUAAGUCUCCAUUGCAUUGGCCUGAAGUAUGACUUCCUUGGGUGUACCUCCCUUAGGAGACACUCUUCCAUAUUUCUACUCAUGAUAAAUAGGAUUCAUAGCACACUUUUUUUUUCCAAAUUGUAGUCUGUUUGAGAUUGCUGAUCAAAUUAGUUUGCCUAUAGGGUGGUGUGUGGGGAGCUACGUGGCACAACAUUAAUCCAUUUCAUCUCUCUGGAAAGAUGCGUGACAUUCUUAUACUUGUGCCCAUUUGCUAAAUCUGUAAUGAAUUUUAGCAAAAGAAUGUUGCUAUAUGUAUCCUGUAACAUUAGUGUAGCUCUCACAAAAGCCACAGAAGAUGCUUAUGACACAAUCCAGGGCAGUAUGUGCAUGGAAGCAGGCUUCCUAGCAUGUAAAUCUAGCUUAAUGGAGGGACUGUGUGUACUACUAGAUGCUGUGCACACAGCUCUGCCCUCCAAUCCAAGAGACCCCCCCUUUUUUUUUUUAAAUGUAGAAAGCUAAAAUCUCAUAGAUGGAGUUUUCAGGAGUGGAGCGGGGAAUAUAUGUCCAGUCCUAACCAGCUGGAUCGGUAGAGUUUUAUCUUUUGAAAAAAGGACCCUGGACAUGCAUCCCAUUGGAUUGGGGUGCUAUAAUAUUAUAGUACUAAAGUGUAAUUGCCAUCUUGGAGGUUAAGCUUUCAUUUUGCUAACAAUUAUGCUAUUAACUGUUAGUUACGCUAUUUUCCUCUGGGGUGUCUGUUUUACCUCAUGGUUCUAUAAAGUGGAUGAUAGCAAAGCUCUCUGCUUUGAGCUAUGCAAGACAAAUAUUCAAAGUGAGAGUACAUAAGCAGCAAGAGAUGCUAGUAAAACUCUCUCUUUCUCUCUGGCUUUCUAAUAUAGCUGCCCCCAGCUUCCAUUUCUUUGAUGGUACAAUUGAAGCUGUUCUUUACAAUGAAAGCUCUUUUGUCUUAUGGGUGCUCAAGACACUUCUCACCACACCCAUUUUUGUAUGACAGUUGUUAAUCAAACAUCCAGAUACAAGCAGGAAAUGUCUUGUCAGCAGGGCACCUUCUGCUGAAUUUUAUCUUUUUCAAUUGGGUGCAAAGCAGCUGGACAGCAUUUUUAAGUUCUGAUUUUCUCCAAAUUUACUUUUCACACCUGAAAAGCUGUAAGAAAGGCCUUCUAGAUUUUACCUAGGGGUGAGGGAGAUCAUAUGUGCUUGGCAUUCUGAAAGUUGAUAAAUGCAUUUACUAUUUCACAACCAAUUCACUUUACACACCAAUAUGGCAAAAGAACUAUGGUUUUUGAUGGGAACAUGCUUGAGAGUGGAAUGGCUACUUAUGGGAAGCUCUGAAGGUGGCUCUCAAGGAUCUCUCCUGUACUGUAUAUGCUAUUAAUAUGCAAAUUGGAGGCAAUAGUAUGACUUUUUUGGUGAUGUCAUGAAAGGGGGAAGAAGUGGGAAGAUUGAAGAAUCCAGAUGUGUCAUAUAAUAUUAUUCAAAAUUGAGUUGUGGUGGGGCUAUUGGAGCAAUAUCUCCUGCAAGAUGUGCAUAAAAAACAUAUCUUUGGGGAAACUUUGAAAAGGAGUUCAGAAAUAUUCACAAUGUGAGUGGCCUUAUUAGCUAAGAUUGCACCUUGCUUUAGACUACAUGCAUUCCUGUUGAUAAUAAAUAAAGCAGGCUUGAGCUUAGGAUGUAGAAAAGACAAGAAAACAUUGCUUUGCAUUUUCAAUCUGUGUGUACAGAAAUGCGUGUAAAGCUUUUAUGACUUUUUUUAUUAAAAACAAACAAAACCUUUUACUGGCUGGCUUUGGGCCUAAUGUUGAGGUGCAUUCUGUGAGCCCACUCUUGUGAUGGGAUCCUUAAAGAUGAAUACAUUCAGGGAUUCCACUCAUGCAGAUCCUGUUGCAAAAUCAGAAGGAGUUUUGCACAGACAUCAGCAGAGCAACAUGUUGCAAUACCUUUUGGGAACAUGUAUAGUCUACAAUAAUGGACUUUUCAAUGGACUUUUGCUGUUUUUCUAUGCACUUAACCUUUGACGUAUAUGCAGUAUUAAUAGUUCGUUUCAAUUCAAUUACAGUUGUGUGUAUGUGUGUUUAAAAAAACUCAACAGUAUGUAAAAUGUUAAAUUAUUAUGAACAUUUUGUUACUGAAACUGGAACACUUCAGCUUUCUGAAGAACAAAUGAAAUACAAAGUUAUACAGUGGGUGAUUUUUUAAAAAAUGAUUCAGAAGCUGUACAUUUUGUGAAGCUGGCCGAGAGCAAAUUCCCUUUUUGAGUAUGUUGAAUUAAGAUGGUGGAGAAAUGCAGAGUCUGCUAUAACUGGUGAUAGUGGUUGGAUUGACCUCUAAAAUUAGAAAGUUGAUUAUGCAAUAGAAUGGGGAUAGAGUUAUGGUCUUCCAGAUGUUGGGCUACAGCUCCCAUCAUCCCUAACAAUUGCCCAGGAGGUGACUUAAGUUGGAGUCCAACAACAAUCUAGAGGGCCACAGGUUUCCCACUGAGCAGAGGGCUGGAUUCAAUGGCCUUAUAGGCUCCUUUCAACUCUACGAUUCUAUGAUCCCUGCAGUAGAACCUUAAGAGGUUAAAAUGCCAGACACGCAAACGGACCAGUCUAAGGCCCUGAUGUAUUAUCCAUUCCUGGCUGCUGCCAAUGGAUUAUUCCUUGAGUGAAGUUCUGGAGCUGUGUUCUUUAGCCGGUCAGUCUAGAUCUUCGACGUGAAAAACUGGGCCGUGAGGAACAGUCAAAUAUGAAGAGUGAGGUGUCAGAAGGGCAAAAAAAUGGAAGGAAUGAACAUGUAUGGUUACAAACUGGUGUGGUAUAUAUAACUUUCAUUCAGAAACUCUCAGGAUUCUGCUAUUCAGAAACUCAGAUACAACUUUAUUUUACCCUGUCAAUUGACUGUACCAUUGGAAAAUUAAUUGCAGUGCAAUAUUAUCUGAAAUUCUAACCAAAGCCUUAGCAUUUAGAAUGCAAUGUGGCCUUCAGAGAGUGAAGCAAAAACUAGAGCUUCUCUCUUCAUCAGAGGAUAACAUUUUAGCACUUUCUCUCCAAUAGGAAUCUUCCUCAUUCUGUAUAUGUUAAAUAUUGUCAGGAAAUACUUCAAAGGGGAAAAAAGACAAUAGGACAUGUUUAGUGUAAAACAUACUACUUUUUCUUGCACCAGAUAAACUUCAAACUGCUGUUUUUAAAAUGUAACAUAUCAUUUAUAGAGUAUUUAUUUGACUAUGCACAGUGAUCAAACAGUAGAAAGCAAAAUGGAUUAUUCCCAGUGGUGCCUUACUACUAAUUAAAAGCCACUUAAAAAUAUCCAAAUGGUUGCUGUCUUUUAAAAAAUAAAAAUAUUAGAUCUUAUUCUCCCUACCCCCGGAAUUUCAAUUACAAAAUAGUAUGAUGUAGUGUUUGAGUCACAUCUCUCAUCCCAUUUGUUGUCUGAUCCUGAACUCCACUGUAUAGAAGUAUUAUGGAUUUCAGUAAAACUUGUCAGAAUGCAUUUUUAGCAUGUUUAUCGAAGCAAGUUGCAUAGAUCAAGCAAUGGAACUUCCAAAUGAAUGAGUUUAAGACCAAGCUCUUAAAAAGAGUAAGAGUUUAAAACUGUGCAGAUGUUUUUAUAUAUCAGCGAAUGGAUGAACUUAGAGAGCAAUAUAAGUUACAUUAUAUAAUGCAUACUUACCACUUUUUUAUAAGAUUGCACAGGUGUACUAGAGUAAAAUGCCCAUAUUGUAAAUAAGAUUGUUUUCUAUUUGACUUUGCUUUGUGUUAUUAACAUGCAUAUCUUAAAAUAUGUUAUCACUGUGAUUCAGAUUGUGAGAAACUUGAUAACAAACUCAUGUCUGUCCAAAGCAAAAAUAAAAAUAAAAUUGGAGCAACUGUUUUGUCAGA